AUGGUUGCAGAGUCGAUGGAGAUCGAUGACGAGUCGUGUGGGGAAGCCCUGAAUUUCUUUGACAGUCUGAACAUGCUGUUCUACUUCCCCGACAUCCUGCCCCAGCUGGUGUUCAUUGAGUCACAGAUGUUGCUGGAUAAGGUCUCGGAGCUGGUGGAAGAGACCUACCACAUGAGGCAAGGAAAGAAGGGCGUGUCGGGGGAGAAGCUGAGGUUCCGUGACCACGGCGAAGUGACGGAAAAGUUUAUGGGCGAGUUCGAGAGCCACUACGAGCCACCUCUGUUCACACCCAAGGAGCUGGUGACCCUGCUAAAGGGGUUGCUGGUGUUUGCGGAGAUGUCGGAGGACGUGUACUUCAUGCCGUGUCUGCUGCAAGUGGUGUUAGGAUAA